UUCCAUGCGUGUAUCAUGGCAGCAAAAUAGUAGUCACUAGUAGUUGUAAUAAAAAACCUGCAUCUCUGGGUUUAAUUCCUCCAUAAAAUCGAAGUUAUCAGAAUUCCAGUGUUGGUGUAUUAUCAAGAAAGUAGCAUUUUCUGUGGGUGGAGCAUCUGAAUCUCCAAAAAUGAAAAAUAAAAGGAGAUAAAAUAGCAAAAGAACGGUAAAAAAAUUAGUUGAUAACAAGGGUAAAAAAUUAAGAGAUAAAAUUAGUUGUAUUUAGUUUCUGUAUACUGGUAUGUAACUUUUGUAAAUUUAGAUGGAAGGUGUAAUGUUAAUUCAGGAUUUUGGGCUAAUGAUAGUAGUAGGCCACAUGAUACAGAAGUAGUUACUAGAGAAAGUACGAUCAUGGUUGCAGUUUAGCUUAAAUGUAAACAUGGGUGGCUUUAUCUAUGAUAUAGGAGCAGUUAGGAAAAGAGAGCACUCAAGUACUAGAAUCUAAGUUGAUUGAACAUAUAUGCUAGAGUGUUGAUAUCAUGAACCGGUUUCCUGGAUGUAUCUCAUCCUAGUUGUUAUUCAUAAUUGCAGACAAGAUAAGAUAGAUAUAGUCCGGAAGCGUGGUACUGCAGUGUUAAAAUUGUUUUCAAUAUAAAAUGUCAACUUCUUUGUAGGUUUUGUUAAAUUGAAGCGUGGUACUGCAGUGGUACUGCUUGUGGCGCCUUGUCCGCCGGUUUGUAGUGUAAAAUAUUGUAGGUUUUGUUAAAUUGGUUUGUGUACUGUGUCCAUGCAGCAUGCUUUCUAGUGUAUAACUAGACAUGUUUCUCACUAGCGUUAGCACAAUCAAGUCUCCAACAUCACUAGCCUGUUUGGAUACCAGAAGUAGAAGAGUUUUUGCUUCUGGAGAGGCAGAAGUCAAUCUCAGAAGUCAGAAGCAAAACGGUCUUGCUUCGCAAAGUGUUUACUUGUUUGCUUCUAGAAGCCAUUUUGAUAUUGAGUCGCCAAGCUAAUGUCUGCUUUUUGACUUCUAGAAGUCGAAAAACAACUUCAAGGUGUAUUGUUUUUGCUUCUGACUUCUGAGAUCGACUUCUGCUUCUGGAGAAGCAGAAGCACUUCUACUUCUGGUAUCCAAACAGGCUAGUGUGCAUUAUCAUCAGAUAUAUUGUUAUGGAACUUGGAUGUCUACCCACGUUUUUAUUAGAGUACCAUUUCGUUGACACUCUUGCAGAUUUCUUAUGUGUGACGUCCUCUAAAUUGUCCGAGCAUAGAGUGAUAAUUGAUACCUAUGUUUAUUCAUCUUAAGUCAGCUGUUGUGGAACAAGGUCUCGUUGGUUACUUUUGGUAUUUUCUUACACUGAUUUCACUAAAUGAUCCUGGCUUGUCAUACUAGAUUCUACCCUGUAAUCACACUUUGUCAACCGGAUUAGGCCACCAGCAAUGGCUACAUAUUAGCAUACCUUGGAAUUGUAGUCCGCCUUACGAGCUUGCAAGGCUAUUUGAUUGAGAUCCAUCCAACUCUUGCAAUUCAAGUUGUCAGUAGCUUUGCAAGCUCGUAACGUGGUGUAUACUGCCAAGGUAUCCUAGGCAUUGUUGGUGACAGUUUCUAUUUGAGAAAGUCUGGUACACCUAAAGAAUUUGGGUUGUUUACAGUGUAUGUAUCUAGUAAGCAGAUCACAUAUGAUUUGUGCUUCAAUUAAUUGUGUGGUUCUAAAGCGAAAUGUUUUGUCAUCAUCAUCACCAUCAUCAUCCUCGUCGAAUCUUAUCUGGUUCUGGGUGAAAAGAGGGAUUCUUUAUUAGGAUUUCUGUAUUCUGUAUUGAAAUGUAAGGGACGCUACAAACUACCAAGCAAAGUAAAAAUGCAGGUGAGUUAUUUUGCCCAUUUUGGUUGCUUUUUCAUUCAGGGUUUUGGGCUAAUGAUCAUAGUAGGCUAAAUGAUAAAGAAGUAGUUACUACAGGAAGUGUAAUCAUUAUAAGAUUUUAGCUUAAAUGUAAUAAUGAGAAAAAUUGUCUACCAUGUAGGAACAGUUAGGAAAAAAGAAAAUUCACGUACUAGAAUAUAAGUUGAUUAAAUGAGCAUAUGUUGAUAUAUGAAUUUACUGUUUCCUUGUUGGCAGUAUCUCAACCCAGUUGUUAUUAAUAAUGUGAAAACUGCAGAGAAAACAAGAUAUAUACUCGUGAUAGUGUGGCACCGCAGUGUUAGAACUGCCUCCAAUAUAACCUAAGAAGCGCACACACUUGACAAGGUCAAUAUGUUCGUCGCUCGUGGCGUCUUGUUCGUGUGUAUGUAGUGUAUAAGUGUAGGCUUUGUUAAAUUGUCUGUUUAUCGUGUCCAUUGUUGAUGUCUUUGUUAAGAUAUGUGAUUUACCCCUUUAAUCUCUGUACUAGGAAUAAGGCUGUGGGUGAUGCUUCAACACAUUUAUUGAUUUCUAAUGUCAAAAUUUGUGCUGCAUAACUUAUCAUUUGAGUUAAUGUUCUUGGGUAAUGCUGUAGAGAUACUAUCACAAUUAUUAGCAUCAAUUAAUUCGAUGAAAUGCACCUCUGCUACACCCUUUAUUAGAUAACAAGACAGAUAUUCAACCUAACAAAGAAUCAUUUUCUCUUCUGAACAUAAAAAUUAGCUUUUUCAAUUCUUUUUCUUUGACACUGGUGUUUCUUAUCUUGAAUCUCCAUUGGACUUCAUUCUUAGAAACUGUCUCUCUAAUAUUGCCUUUAACGUUUGAUAGCCCAAGGAUAUGUGAUUUUGAGGUACUAGGUAUCCAAUAUUUUGUAAGUAGUUGACUUUCUCAAAAGGGAAAGAUUAGAGACAGUAUACAAAAAUAUCGUCAGUAUUUCUAUUUUCAUUUGAAAGCAUAUAAAGUCUGAAUGUUAACUUAAUACACUUUCGACGCUCGUUGUGGUUUAUCUGAUAAGGUUGAUGAGGGAAGAUAUUAAAUUAUUAAGUUUUACCUUUGACAAUUUUGCACUAUCCUUAUUUAUUCUGUGUUUGAUUACUGUUUGAGGUAUGGGUUAAAUUUAUUGUCAUCAAGUAUUAAGAAGAGUUAUCUUGUCACUCCUCUUCUUGUUCAUUUGUGUGGAUUCUGACGUUCAGAGGGUUGCAUCUGAGAUAUGCGAAUUCAAUUCAUUCUUCGGGUAUUAUUCUGUAUACUAGGAAUAAGGUCAUGGUUGGUGCUUCAACUCAUUUAUCGAGGUCUAAUGUCAAUAUGUUGUGCUACGGAUAGCUUUGUCAUUUAUUAUUUGAUAUAGUUUUAAUAUUAUCAGGGCAUUGCAUCUGUAAUUGAAUUAUUUGAAAUUUCAUUCAUUGGCUUAGACUUCAUUAAGCUUGAUUUUGCUAGUUUUCCUUACCGGGUAUGCAUCAAGAUAAUGACAUUUGUUGCAUUACCGGCCAUCACAAGUUUGGGUAGUUGAAAAGUCAUAUGCGAUUUUGAAGUGGGUGUGUUCUCGUGACAGUUUGGGUGUGUCUCUGUAAUCUCCACUCUGCUUUUUCUCUCUGUAGUUAAAGUUCUGAAAAUUCUUCAACAUUCUUCACUCAAAGAUCAGAAAAAACAAACGAAAACAUGAUUUCCUCAGCAGAUCUAUUCAAUCAACUCAAGUCUGCAGAACCCUUUUUUGUAUUAGCUGGACCAAAUGUGAUUGAAUCUGAAGAACAUAUUUUUAAAAUGGCUAAACAUAUCAAACACAUCACCAACAAGGUUGGUGUGCCCCUUGUGUUUAAAUCGAGCUUCGAUAAAGCUAAUCGUACAUCGUCUAAGUCGUUUCGUGGUCCUGGUUUAGAAGAAGGCUUGAAGAUCCUUGAAAAAGUUAAACUUGCAUAUGAUUUACCUAUUGUUACUGAUGUGCAUGAGAGCUGGCAGUGUGAAGCUGUUGGAAAAGUUGCUGAUAUUAUCCAGAUUCCUGCUUUCUUAUGCCGUGAGACAGACCUUCUAGUUGCAGCUGCGAAGACUGGAAAAAUUAUCAACAUUAAAAAAGGCCAAAUGUGUUCUUCUUCUGUUAUGGCAAAUUCUGCAGAGAAGGUUAGGUUAGCUGGUAACCCGAAUGUGAUGGUCUGUGAGCGAGGCACCAUGUUUGGUUAUAGAAAAAAGCUGGAGGGUGGAGGAGUUGCCAGUGGAGGUCUUCGCGAAUUAAUACCAUGUAUAGCAAGGACAUCAGUUGCUGUCGGGGUGGACGGUAUCUUUAUGGAGGUACAUGACGAUCCCCUAAGUGCACCUGUUGAUGGUCCAACGCAGUGGCCGUUACGUAACUUGGAGGAGCUAUUACAGGAGCUCGUGGCUAUUGCCAGGGUUAGCAUGGGAAAACAACAAUUCAAAAUAGAUCUCACACCAUUUCGUGAAGAUCAAUCUUGAAUUCAUAGGAAAAGGUUUAGCGAGAAAUGACGUAGCGACCAUUUUGGUGAUUAUGUUGAAGCCAGGUGUGAUUACUGGAAGGCAGACCUUCAGAAAAUCAAGAUCUUAUAUUGAAGCCAACUUGGAUCUCCACCUGCCUCACCACCAGAACCAGGAGCGCCACCCUCUUAAACAAAUUAGCUUAAGUUUGUGGUUCAUGUCAUUGAGAUUUGAGAUCAUAUUUGUAACCGUGUUCUUGUUAGUGUUACCCAUUAA